AGCCCGCAAUGAACACAUGUUUGAUUUUGGUAUGAAAGUCGGAACGUAAAGUAAUUAAACGUCAUUUCCAUGCCGAUUUGCCGAAUCUACUGUGCCGCAAUAUAAUAUUCAAAGAUGUUUAAAUUAAGAAUCAAGUUAUCAAACGCUCUAGCUCUCAAGCGCAUGAUGUCAACACAAGAAUCAGACGUACUAUUCGAAACACUGAACAAUGCAGGCGUCAUAACACUAAACCGCCCCAAAGCCCUAAACUCUUUAAACACUUCCAUGGUGACAAAACUAUUACCGCAGCUUCAAGAAUGGGAGAACACAAAAACCUGUGUCAUAGUCAAAGGAGCGGGGGAUAAAGCUUUCUGCGCUGGUGGUGAUGUUAAAGCAGCUAUAGAUAAAGUAGAAGGACCGAUCUUCUUCCAUACAGAAUAUAACGUAAACUACGUAAUUGGGAAAUAUAAGAUUCCUUACAUAGCGAUUAUCAACGGUAUCACCAUGGGAGGAGGUCUUGGCUUGUCAGUGCAUGGACGGUACAGGGUGGCGACGGAGAAGACACUCAUAGCUAUGCCGGAGACAAAGAUUGGGCUGUUCCCGGAUGUUGGAGGGUCGUAUUUCUUGCCGAGGUUACAGGUCAAUUUAGGAUUGUAUUUGGGAUUAACAGGCGACAGACUAAAAGGCAAGGAUGUGGUCAAAUCCGGCAUAGCUACCCACUUCGUCCCAUCCUCCCGACUCUACGAACUAGAAACACUCCUCUCCCGCUGCACCAACGAGAAUGAGAUACAAGCGUUGCUAACCAAGUUCCACGAGCCCGCUGAAGAGUUUUCUCUAGCGGAGAAUAUCAAGCAUAUAAAUUACUGCUUCGCUGCUGGGAGUGUGGAGGAAAUUAUUGAGAGGCUGCAGAAAGUUAAUAAUGACUGGUCUAAUAAAACGUUGAAGACGCUUCACUCCGUAUGUCCUGGCUCCCUGAAAAUCACGCUGCGUGCGCUGCAGCGCGGCGCCCAACUGGAACUGGGGCAGUGCCUCAAGAUGGAGUACCGAGUGGCCUGCCGCAGCACCGAGAACCACGACUUCCCUGAGGGUGUCCGCGCCCUCCUGAUCGACAAGGACAACAGCCCCAAAUGGAAGCCCGCGACCCUGGCCGAAGUCACCGACGACUACGUCGAAGAGUUCUUCAAGAAACUGCCAGAAGAUAGGGAACUCAAGUUCUUCGACUUUGACUCUAAACUGUAACUUACCCGGUAUGGUAUUCCAUCCUGUAUAGCUUCUGUUUUUAGAGUCAAAACGAGCUUACUUGGCAAAUACUUUGCAAUGAGUAAGUGUGAAAGUGUCAUCUUAAACGUUUAUUAUGGCACUCCACACUUUGUCACCUCAAAGUCAGUGCAGACUUAGCUUGGCCCUACUCUAAGCAUGUCUAUAUGUGUCGUUUUAAAGUAAAAGGUAUCACUAUGUCGCUUCGCUUGCCAUAAGGACGUACACGCUUUGAGAGGUAAUUCGUAUAAAGAUACAAGCAAACCUCGUCCAGGUACAAAGUGGUACCUUUUAAUUGAAAACAACAUAUAUUUUUUAUGUUAUUAGUUCUAAAAUACAAUAGAUGAUUUUAUUACGUCUGGCCUUUAUUAUUAGAUUAUUACACCGAGUGGUGAAUAAUACUGAAAAUACUUUUACUAUAUUAUGUAGAAUCGAUACAAUUCACCAAUAUGUAUGAAACAAUUGUUCAGUAUGACCAUACAUAUUCACCGCACGGCAUAUGGUUAGACGUAAGAAAAUCGCCCGGUGUAAUUCAAUAACGAAUGAAAUCCAAUUCAGAUAAUGCUAUAAUGAUAGAAAAGUGGACUAAGUAAUACUUAAUAGUAAGUAUAAGUGUAAAGAUAACUACUUAGGUACCCAAACUUAACAGAAACAUAAUAUUCAAAUCAGACACUAAUCAUUAUCAUAUCAUAUGUAUUUUUUUAUUCUGUUAAAAAGUGUUCACAAAAUAGGUCUUGAUAUCCCUUAAAGUUGAUUCUGGUCUAGUCAUUCAUUAUUAGGUACAAAAUUGUUGUCUGAGAGUGAUUUUUUUUUUCUUUUAAAUGUACCUUUUUCAUGUUUAAAGGCGAAACAAAUUUCAAACGCCUGUUCUUGGACUUAACAGAUAACUUAUAUAACAAGUGAAUAAUACUGAUUAUUAUGGUAACAUUCCAUUUCUAACCGCAGCUGCACUACCGGUACUGAACGCGUCGCUGUCAUUGUCAAUUUCCAUAGUAAAAUUGGCAGUAAUGCAGCUGCGGUUAGAAAUGGAAUGUUACCAUUAAUCUUCUAAAGUAGCUCAUCUUUAUUGUAGAACUCGGAGUAGAAGAAAUAAUUUUCUGCAGAUUCUUAAAGAGUUAGACCAAGACAAGGCUGCAACGAUUUUGAUAGCACACGCAGUGCAAGCGUUAUUUAUACGUCAUAAUUUCAUAGAAGUUUGACGUUUAAAAUAACUCUUGCACUGCGUCUGCUAUCAAAAUCGUUGCAGACUUAUCUUGGUCUAAUUCAACUUAUCUCUGCUUACCAUAGAUUAUAAAGCACAAAUAGCUAAGUUAACACUCAUCUGACUCACUAGAUGGCGUCGCGAUUUAAAUUCUAAGAACGGGACAUCUCGUGGCGACAUCUACUAAAACGUAGUGGUUAUAUUCUCUUUGACAUCUACAACAAUAAUAGGACACACGAGCAGGGCUCGGAACCGGUAUUGAAAUACCUGUUAAUGUCGUUCCAAAACCGAUAUAUUACUUCGUUCAUUAAAAAACCGGUUAAUUAAUGGAACGCGAACCAAAAAAUUACGUUCGCUCUCCUAACCGGUAAGAAGAGGGAAUGGAACUUUAUGGUUCGCAGGGAACGAUACAAUACCGGUUACUCUUGGCUUUCGGAGGCUUUCGGUUAAACUCGUUAUUAUACGUGAAAGAGAUAGCAAUACUUACUCGUUCUAUCUCGCUUCGAUAUUUUCAAAUUAACCGAAUAAUUUCGUUCCUCGAGAACGAAAUGAGAACGUAUAUGGCAUAAACCGUUAUAUCAAAAGAACAGUUCUUUAACCGGUAACCGCAAACGGAAACGAAAUCCUUUUCGUUCCCGGGCGAAUGAACGAAACCGGUUUGACAAAUGAGAACGGUUUCCGAGCCCUGCAUACGAGUUAUAUAGUCUGUCAAGCCAUUUCCGUCAGUAGAAAAGAGCGGCAUAUUAAAAUAAGUGUUCCGUGAACAAAGUUUUGUACGGAACACUAAAAAUGUAGACAGGUAGGGCGUCCCAUAGAAAAUUUAAAUUUCGCGCCUUUUUCUUCUGACAAAAUUGUUUGACAGAUUCGUCAUUAAUGCCUACUUAAUUUGAAUUUAAACUAUGUAUUUUAAAUUACAAAACAGGGUUUCAAGAAUUUAAUCUAAUUGUAAAACUAGUGCAAUAAAGCAAUUAUGUAGAAAUCACGUGCCACUUAUUAAUUUUAAGAUAAAACUUUUUAUACAAAUAUAGUUUUUUGUGUA